AUGUAUCAACGCGGCGGAAGCAAUGGCCUGAACCGUCGCCUUUCCCCCAGCGGCCACUCUCCCUCUCCGCCCCUGUCUCCCUCUGCCUCUCCCUCUGCCUCUGCCGGUGCCGGUACUGAUGCUGGUGCUGCCCAUACGGCUGCCAGAAAGGAGGAGACGGAGCAGUCAUGGACGCCUCACGUACCAACGCCGCCCAUCAGCGUGCCUUACCCCGAGGACAAGCUUCAUGGCUCUCCCGGCGUUGAUGAGGUCUGCGAAUAUGACCCCAACCGGUACCAGGACCCGUCACCCCUGGAUCACCACUUUGGCAGGACCCGGAGGCCCUCCAUCAGCUUCAAUCCCCAGGUCACGCUAGAAACCGGUGACCAAAUCGCCCUGGAGCAGCCCAUCGGCAGUCUUGGAAGGAGAAGCCAGAUUGGCGUCAGGCCUGCUUCCGGUCCUGGAUCGUCAGAGCUCAAGCAGCUCUACGCCAAUGCCGCUCCUGAGCGUCUCGCUCAGACGGCAGCAGCCAGCAACAAUGACAGGGACGGAUACAAUUCCCACCAUGAUAACCACCACAACCAUCGCCAUAACCACGAUCAUCAUCAUCCUCAUCAUAACCACCACCAAGGCCCUCGUCAUAAUGAUAGCUCGGGAGAUGACUUUUCUCAGUGUCACUCUCCACGGGCUUCCCCCUUAUCAGAGGUUUUCUCCGCCGAUGAUGAUCUUCCUCGGCCUACGUCUUUGACCUCACUUUCGACGGCUUCUCCCCUCUCUGAUGAACUGAGAACGCCGCCAGAUUCACGCCAGGGCAGCCUCACCUCACCCUUUUUAUCUUCACCAAACCUCCGCCGCCAUGGUUCGAUCGACAGUGAAGGAGACUCGUGGCCGAGUCUCUCCCGUCAUCUCUACGGCAGCCUCACCGAAAGCUACUCCUUUGGUCGACGUACAAACAGUCUACGACAAUCCAUGCGUUCUUACUCUCGCAAAUCGCCCAACAUGAGCGGCAAAUCACCCGCCAGCGCUUUUCUCUCUACCAUGAACCGUGAAGAGGCUCCUGCUCCCAAGCCUGACGACGAGGGCCAGGUCAUCGGGCAGGACUACGUUAUCGGCAAGCAGAUCGGGUUUGGAGGCUUCAGCACCGUCAAGGAAGCGUUCAAAGUCACUGACGAAGGCCAGACGAUCCGUCAUGCUGUCAAGAUUGUGAAAAAGUACCUCUCGGGCAAAAGUGAGAGAGAAAACGACCAAGCCCAGGCCGAAUUUGACCACGAGGUUCGCAUCUGGAGGUACCUUAACCAUCCACAUAUCCUGCCGCUUGAUGCGGUCUACGAAACUGACUACGCUACAUUCUGCUUCACAAAACUUACCGAAGGGGGCUCGCUAUUCGACCUGGUCAAGAAGAAGCGCCAUGAAAUCCCACUCUCCCACGCAAAGCAGUACUCCUACCAGUUGGCCUGUGCUCUUCGAUACCUACACGAGGACGCCCGUGUUGUCCACCGUGAUAUCAAGCUGGAGAACUGCCUACUGCAACCCCAGGAGGAUUCUGGAGAUAUCCCCCGCUUGAUCCUCUGUGACUUUGGCAUGGCCGAAUGGAUGACCACCGACACAUGCAGCUCGCCAGACCCUUACGACAACGCCGCUGAUCGACCUCCACCCAGAACUAUCGGACCGUCGGACACAAGCACCAGCGUGGCCGGCAGCCUGGAGUAUGCCUCCCCGGAGCUCCUGAUGGCCAACGUCGGGGUCCUCGAUCCCGUUGUCGACGUCUGGGCGUUUGGCGUCGUUGCCUACUCCCUUAUCGUCGGUUCCAGACCUUUCCAGAGUUCUUUCCAGCCACGUAUCCCGAGCAACAUUCUGGCUGGCAAAUGGGACCGCAGCGCUGUCUUGGCUACCUCGGACGAAUCCGAGAAGCAAGACCGUGAAGACGCAUUGGAGAUGAUUGAGGGGUGUCUUGAGAUGGACCCCAUGAAACGAUGGACGAUCUCCGACGUCCUUGCUUGCCGAUGGUUUCAAAGCUGCGCGGAUACUGCGGAGCUCGCCACUCGCCUCAAUCGAUGGGGGUUCUCCUCUUGA